AUGAAGGUACAUCAAACACCUUUGCCACAUCUGAUCGAUGCCGAGAAACAUGCGGUCGAUAUAAUAGCGGAGGCUCGGAGACGCAGGCUGGCACUAUUGAAGAAAGCAAAACAUGCAGCAAGCAAAGAGUUGCAAGAAUUACAUAAGGAGCGUGAAGAAAUUUUGGCUGAACUUUCUGAAAAAGUUCAUGUCGCAACAGAUAUGUUACGAAUCAGAGUGGAAAGGAAUACGGAAGACAAAAUUGCCGACCUUGCCGAGCGUGUGGCGAAAAAUCGAGAACAAGUGAUAAAUAUGAUAAUGAAACUAGCGGUGGAUAUAAAGCCGGAAGUGCACAGAAAUUUGGAGUUGCCGAAAAGUCGUAUGCGAUAA